GGAGGAGGAGGCGGCGGAGCGAAAUUUCCUGCCUGGCCGCCGCCUCUGCCCAGCGCCGGAGACCGGCAGGGCGUCCCGCGGUCCGGCGCCCGGGGCCCGGCAGCCCCGGCGGGAGGGCUGAGAGCCGGCAGGAGCAUCGGUGAUCCAGGAUGGAACAACCCUGUCCGUGCCUGCUGCUCUGUGUUAGCUUUCUGUUCGUGCGAGCUUUACCACCGAAUGGAACUGAAUUACCAAAACCCACCAGCACCACAAACUCUACAGAGGAGAACAGCUUACACAAGGACCUGCUGACCUCCAUGCUCAUCCUGCUCCUGGUGUUCAUCAUCUUCAUCCUGUUGGCCGGCUAUUUUUUCAGGUUCCGAAGACAUAGGAAGGCUGUGGUGAGCUCUGGUGACAAGAAGAUGCCGAAUGGAAUCUUAGAGGAGCAAGAACAGCAAAGGGUGAUGCUGCUCAGCAGGUCUCCUUCGGGCCCCAAGAAGUAUUUCCCUAUUCCAGUAGAAAAUCUCGAAGAGGAAAUAAGGAUACGAUCAGCAGAUGAAGGGAAACUGUUCCGGGAAGAGUUUAAUUCUUUAACACCUGGAUACGUGCAGGGAACGUUUGAAAUGGCAAAUAAGGAAGAAAACAGGGAGAAAAACAGAUAUCCCAACAUCCUCCCAUAUGAUCAUUCCAGAGUGAUUUUGACCCAAGUAGAUGGAGUCCCACCUUCAGACUACAUUAAUGCAUCAUAUAUAGACGGUUAUAAAGAAAAGAAUAAAUUUAUAGCUGCACAAGGGCCCAAGCAAGAAACAGUCAACGACUUCUGGAGGAUGAUAUGGGAGCAGAAGUCUGCAGUUAUUGUCAUGUUAACAAACUUGAAAGAAAGGAAAGAGGAUAAAUGUUAUCAGUACUGGCCCGAUCAAGGGUGCUGGACUUACGGGAACAUCCGUGUGUCAGUGGAAGAUUGCAUUGUGCUCGUGGACUACACCAUUCGCAAGUUCUGCAUCCAGUCGCUCCAUGAUGGCUGUAAGGCGCUGAGGCUCGUGACGCAGCUUCACUUCACCAGCUGGCCUGAUUUCGGGGUGCCUUUCACACCUAUUGGGAUGCUGAAAUUCCUGAAGAAAGUCAAAGCGUUGAAUCCUGCCCUUGCUGGGCCAGUUGUGGUUCACUGCAGCGCUGGCGUGGGCCGAACAGGCACGUUUAUCGUUAUAGAUGCCAUGAUAGACAUGAUGCAUGCUGAGCAGAAAGUUGAUGUCUUUGAGUUUGUUUCAAGAAUACGUAAUCAGCGGCCGCAGAUGGUUCAGACUGACAUGCAGUAUUCCUUCAUUUAUCAAGCCUUACUUGAAUACUACCUCUACGGUGACACAGAACUAGAUGUGUCAUCCUUGGAAAAGCAUCUACAAACAUCACACAGUGCAGCACCAAACCUUGUCAAAAUAGGGCUGGAAGAAGAAUUUAAGAAAUUAACGAACGUUCGAAUAAUGAAAGAGAACAUGAGAACUGGCAAUCUUCCAGCAAAUAUGAAGAAAGCGAGAGUCAUCCAGAUUAUCCCGUAUGAUUUUAACAGAGUGAUUCUGUCAAUGAAGAGAGGGCAAGAGUACACAGACUACAUCAAUGCUUCCUUCAUAGAUGGCUAUCGCCAGAAGGAUUACUUCAUUGCCACGCAAGGACCGCUGCCCCACACUGUGGAGGAUUUCUGGCGGAUGGUGUGGGAGUGGAAGUGCCACACCAUUGUCAUGCUCACAGAGGUGCAGGAGAGGGAGCAGGAGAAGUGCUGCCAGUACUGGCCAUCAGAGGGCUCAGUAACUCACGGAGAGAUAACUGUAGAAAUCAAGAAUGACAGCCUUUUAGAUGCCAUAAGUGUAAGAGACUUCGUAGUUACGUAUAAUCAGGGUAACCAAGAAAAGCAAAACAGGCUGGUUCGGCAGUUCCACUUCCAUGGGUGGCCAGAAAUCGGAAUUCCUGCUGAAGGAAAAGGGAUGAUUGACCUGAUUGCAGCUGUCCAAAAGCAGCAGCAGCAGACGGGGAAUCACCCAAUCACGGUGCACUGCAGUGCUGGUGCUGGAAGGACAGGUACAUUCAUUGCACUCAGCAAUAUUCUGGAGCGAGUGAAGGCUGAGGGGCUCUUAGAUGUAUUUCAAGCUGUGAAGAGCUUAAGACUGCAGAGGCCACAUAUGGUGCAAACACUGGAACAAUAUGAAUUCUGCUACAGAGUGGUACAAGAUUUCAUCGACAUAUUUUCCGACUAUGCGAACUUUAAAUGAAAACCUUCUGCCUUAUUUUUUAAUUUGUCUGUAUAAAGAGUUGUAUAUGAUAUUAAUUUAUUCCACGGCGUUUGGUUUGUCGACUUUGGACUGUAAAUAAGACCCUGUUUGCUCUAAAAGUUGCAUUUGCUGUACAAAGUUAUUUCUGAAAGAUAAAUAUCUUCUAAAGCAAAGUAUAAUGUUCAUAUAGAGUAUAUCGCUAUCAGAUGGUAAAGAGAUCUUUAUUCUAAAGAGCAGUAAAUUAAUUCUUGAAGAUUUAUUUCUUUGAUUAUUUCCUUUUGCCACUUUACAGGUAUUUAUCAGCAGUGCCAUUACAUUUACGUUUCAUACUGAGGUAGCGAGCUGUGGUACAUCUGUUUAAAGGAACCAUGUUUCGGCCAUAAACCUUCACAGAAGUCAAUAGGAAAAUGAAAAGGGGUGUUUAUUUGGGGCUGUGUUCUGAUAACCUGCUGCUGCGUGUUUGGGAUUGAUCUCAAGGCCUCACUGAAAGGCAAAGGGGCUGUCCCAGGUAUCACAAUACAGCCCUCUGUAUUGCUUCUAAAGGCUGGUUGUAUGAGCCUCCCCAUGGGUGCCAGCUCUGUAUUGAGUCCUGCUGCCAAUAGGACACAACCAUUCGAAAUGCAGAUUAGAAUUGCUGUUUAAAUUAACGUGACUUUGUAAGUUCACUUAUUCUUUCCUAAAUAUGACACCAGCUUGAAUCAAUCUAUAAGUACAAUAACGUCAGUUUGUCACUAUUGAAGGAGAUUUAGCAUAUCAGGAGUGUGUAUCUAGCAUUUGUCUAACUCAAGAGGCAUUACAGCCCUGGUUGGCCAUGGAUAUAGAGCUUCACCAUGUACAUGUGCAUAACCUCCAGCCACCAUGAGAAGAGGCAGAGGACAGUAGUAAAGAUGGACUUAGAUUCAACAAGGGUAUUUGUUACAAGACUGGGAAACAACAGAACAACAGUGUAGCACAAGCAACAUGAAGAAAAACUGCUUUAUGUUCUUAUCUUCCCAUGUGUGUUAUCAGCAAAGAAGUGCUUCCUUUAGCCAGAAGGGGGAUACGUUUGUGUAUAGAGAUGUAUUUUUAAUGUAAGUACUACUGAUAAUAUUAUGGGGGAAAUAUGUUUUAGAAGACUUUAUUGCAUCCCUGGACGGGAUGUGCUGGGGGUUAGAAAGUGCAAAACUCGCAGGGUGUCUGAAUGUUGAACAAAUGAAAAGUCUUUAUUUUCCACUCUUUAGAACAUGCGUAGGAACCAAUGAGCACAAAAGAGGUGAAUAUGUACUUGAGUUACCUAACUAAUAUGCAAUAGUCCUGUCUCGUCCAGUUGGCUGGGUUUUAUCAAUGCAAACGGAAAAGCCUUACUUAAAAUGAAGCAACUGAAGUGGAUCCUUUCACCGCUCCUGUGAGCAUUUCUCCCUGCUGCUAACAAGGAGCAUCACGUAUUGCAGCACUGAAAGGAGACCGCAGCACCUUCUGCCUCUCCUCACCUUCAUACUGAAUGGAAAAGGUUUGGUUAAGAGAGGUUAAAUGAUCAUAGAAUGGCCUGGGUUGCAAAGGACCACGAUGAUCAUCCAGUUCCAACCCCCUGCUGUGUGCAGGGUCACCAACCAGCAGCCCAGGCUGCCCAGAGCCACAUCCAGCCUGGCCUUGAAUGCCUGCAGGUAUUCAUUGAUGAUAGAACAUAAGUCUAAGAAGUGUUUGCUGCUCUCCAAAGUAGUGUAUCUUAUGGUCCCAUUGCAAACAUUUAGGCUGCAGGUGCAAGGAGCAGCACUGAGCUGAUGUUCCAGCUGUUCAAUGUGUACUGGGAUUGUAGCUGCUAACAGGAAGAAACCCACACCAAUAAUAUAGUCACAAACAGAGCUACGUAGUGAUUCUUAUGUUUCUAAUGAUUUGAGAAGCUUGUUUUCUGGUUCAUAUGACAAGUGAUGGAGAGGCUGCCCAUUGCAGCAUCCCUGUCGCUGUGGAGCCGUGGCUCAACACGGACACACCUGCAUUUUGUUGGUAAUGUUCCUCCAUUGCAUGGAAUGACCUUGGAAACGCCAAAUAGUCGAUUAGAAGCCGUACAUUCUGAUCUGUAACGUGGUUUUGGUCACUGUGUGACUGGACUGACUGUUCUCAUGUAUUAAGGUAGGUUCCAGUUCACUGAGCAUUUAAGCAUUUGCUUGCUGCCAUCUCUUCCAAUACACCCGCCGUCCAUUGGCUCUUUGUACCCGGAGCAAUCCCUUAAGUGCUUUGCUGAAUUGGGCCUUAAUGACGAAUGCUGUCUGUAAUUAUACCGGUGUUUUUUAGGCUAUUUUUACUUCUUGGUUUUUUUUAAACUUUGAAAACCAGCCUCAAACUGUUUCCAUUCCCCCUGACACCAUUUGUAAUGUAAAGCUACUGGAACUCUGUGUAACCCAACUGUAUUUAAUAUGUCAAAUCUUUAUAAUAUAUGUCCGUAUAUCAUCCAGUUUGGGCUAUUGUUUUAUUUCAUGUCGUUUCUAAUUAGAUCUCGCUGUUUUUAA